AUGUUAUAUCCGUUGACCUUUGCCAGCAUCGUCGCAACACUUGCCUUCUUUACAGCUGGCGGCGGUCCGCAGCAAUUCUCUCUCGACUCGAUCUUGCUGUCUUUUCCACGCCCUGUUCACGCAGCCAAGCAUGCUAUCACUCCCGAGCUCUCGCAAUUCAUAGAGGAUCUGUUGAAAGCGGCGAACAUACCUGGUGUCGCGUUGGGAAUAGUGCGAUUGGUGGGUCAGGACAAGCCCGUAGUCGAGUUCGAGGCUUGGGGACGUCGGACGGAGGGUGGACAAGGGCAUGAUAUUAGUUUUGAUACAUUAUUUCCUAUCGCGUCUUGUUCAAAAGCUUUCCUUGCGAGCGCAGUCGGAUUGCUCAUCGACGACUUCGCGCAAGGGCGCAAUGUCACUCCACUGCCUCCCAGUGUCAGGCAAUUUGACUGGGAAACCAAGGUAGCAGACUUGCUGCCGGACGACUGGUCACUCGAAGAUGAAUGGCUGCGCUCAAAGCUAACCAUCCGGGAUGCGCUGGCCCACGUCUCUGGUAUGCCAUCGCACGACUAUUCGUAUGUCCCGGGUAAUACUCCGAGAGACGUAGUGAAGAACCUUCGGAACUUGCGCCCUGCAUACGAAUUACGCAGGCAAUGGUCUUACAAUAACCAGAUGUAUAUGAUGGGGUCUCACCUUAUCGAGACCUAUGCGAACUUGUCUUACACAGACUUUGUGGAUACACGCUUGUUCACGCCAAUGAAUAUGACCUCGACGACGUUUUGGCCCAACGAAGCAAAUCGGGACGCUAAGUUCACGCAGUUGUGGACGCCAUCUGGACGACGAAUCCCGUACUGGUUCAGUGAGGAGAGUAUUCCGAUCAUGGCAGGGAUGGGGGGUAUCAUUUCCAGCGCAGAAGACAUGGCGAAGUGGCUCGGCAUGCUAUUGAAUGAUGGUGUCGAUGUGUCUUCUAAUGCAACAGUUAUCUCGCAUGAUGCGCUCAAGGCAAUGACAACAGCCUAUGCCAUCGUUUCUGGCACUGCACCCUCACCUGAAUUCUCCAUCAUCGGGUACGGCAUGGGCUGGUACCGGUAUUCAUAUCAAGGUCACGAGAUCAUCACUCAUAAUGGAGACAUUCCCGGAGUUUCAACGCGGGUAGCAUUCCUGCCUGGGGAUGGACUCGGGAUUGUCGUGCUCAUAAACGCCAGCAACAAGGCGGCAGCGCACGAUGCGAUCAUGUACAGAGUCAUCGAGGACGUCCUAGAACUUCGCCGCAUCCAUCGAUCUGUGGGUGCAAAUGCUAGUGUCACCGACGAUCCCGACGUCUCAGUACCCAGGCUCCCGCACACGCUCGAUCUGGAAGCAUAUGCAGGAACUUACACCAAUCCAGGAUAUGGAGCACUUACGCUCUGUGCCCCAACAAGCAGCUCAAACUACUGCGCGCAGGUCCUCGCUGACUUCGCUGCCAUGUCCUUCCUGCCGGACACGCAGACACCAAACGUCUCUGCUGGCCUCUACGCUGCUUGGCCGCGCGUGUGGUCCACGCACGCGCACAUGAUGCAUCGCAGCGCGGACACGUUCGACCUCGCGUUUCGCGCCCUCUUUACGCGCGGAUAUGGUGCGAACACUAGCGCAUUCGACGCGCUCGAUGGUAUUGGGAAAUCGCGUGCGGUGUUCGUCGUAGAUGACGGCGGCCUUCAAGUAAAAGGUUUUGCAUUCGUAGCUGACGAGAAUGCAGCCGCGGCGAGGGCAAGGCAUUCAAAUGCUGUAGAGGAGAUAGCAGACGCUUGGUUUGAGAGGGUACACUGA